GUUUUGCGGGGUCUCCUUGCCAACCGGCUCCCCAACAAUGGUUUCUACAAAGAAGUGUUUAUGGAGAUCGUCGGGGAGAAGUCUCGUCACUCGCUGCAGGAAAACUUGCAUCUGAUCAAAUCACCUGUGCAGGUCAUCUGGGGGAAGGAGGACCAGGUGGUGGACGUGUCGGGGUCAGCGGUGCUGCAGGCGGCGCUGCCAAGCUGCCAGGUGACGGUGUUGGAGAACUGUGGUCACUCUGUGGCGUUGGAGCGGCCCAGAAAAGCCGCCACGCUCAUUGUGGACUUCCUGCGCAAACAGGAAGUCAACGGUGAAAACACUAAAAAACUUUCCUGAAGAAAACUUUUGAACCCUGUGACGGCUGAUGACAGAGAGGAGAAUGAAGGAGAUGUUGAGGAUGAAGUAAAAGGUGAAGAAAACAAUGAUAAUCUUUUAUAGUUUGAUAAAAGCGUUUUUUACGACAGAGUUUACACCUGAAAAUUGAUAAACGCACAAAAGUUGGAAGGACUGUUAAAUUUUCCUGAAGUUUUUAGACACAGCGCCUUACAGGAAGCUGCAGUCACUGUUUCCAGUGUUAAUGUUCAAUGAAAACAUUCCACGUUUGGAUUUUGCACUUUUCUCUGCAGAAAAAUUGUAUUUCAAUUUCCUGUUUCAUGUGAAUGUCAGGCAUUUGU